AUGGACGAUCAUGUGGUUGGAAACUUGAAGGAGUUCAAGUGCCGAACGGGUCACUGCGGCAGCACCAGUGGACUCUGCUCGACUAGCAUUGUGGACAUCCGAGCUGCGAAAGGUUUGAUGAAGUCCCUCCUACCAUGCCUGUUGGAGCAAGGGCUGGCUCAGUUCUUUGGGCACGAAAUAUACUUAUAUCCAAGUGAUCUGCAUGACACCAGACAGGGCGGGGCUGGGGACCGGCAGUUGGAGCCGGUGUGGUUACGACAUUACGUAGGCGGCGGGGGGUGCUACUGCGGCGACACGUGUCGUGGGGGGCGUCAGGGUCCUCAGUCGGCACAAGGGACGUAA